AAUCUCAAGGACUUCACACCGCCGCGAAAAAAGAAAAAAAGCAUUGGUUGUGGUCUAUGCAUUGCCGGAAAAUACAACUUAAGAAGGACUCGGGUGCUAAUCACGUGCACAAUUUUGCACCUUGUGAUCAUCCCGGCUGUCAGUGUGAUAAUUUAUGCCCAUGUAUACAAGCACAAAACUUCUGCGAGAAGUUUUAUCAGUGCAGCAGCGAAUGCCAGAACAGAUUUCCUGAGUCAGCGAAGAAUGAAUUCAUCUAGGAAUAUUGCAGCGAAAUUAUCAGUCAAGACGAAGCUGACAGG